AUGGUGGAUCACUUGGAUUCUGAGUCGGCGCCUCAGAGGAAACGCAUUGCAGUGGCAUGCGGCCGCUGCCGAAAACGAAAGAUCCGAUGCAGUGGUGAUCCCGGCCAAGGUCAUCCAUGCUCCAACUGCAAGAACGCAGGGGUGGAAUCUUGUCAGUUUUUACGGGUGUCAUCUCGAGAAGCACCCCUGCGACACGAGAACGGGGAAUUCGUGUAUAGUGUUGGGGAUGCUCGGGCUUACGCCAGCCGAACCCCCGUGAGCCAUGGGCUCCCAUACCCGCACGAUUUGCCAACCCUAAACUCGGGCGAUACCAUGGGCUCGUACCGCGGUCCCGGGUCGGCGUACCCCUACACGCCGGCGAGCAAAGCCUAUUAUCCUGCCAUGCACGCAUACGGCGCUCCUUACCCCGAUGACUUUGAGUUUGGACUCGGUGUGCCAUCUCCGUCGGUCGUGAACGCGGAGUCUGUCGGCAUGAUGCCUGGCCAAUGGAGCUCGGGCGGCCCGCGGGCCAAAGCACCUACGUUCGGCAGCAUGUACAUGGACUCGGAGGGGGCUUAUGGUGGUUACGGCGGCUCGAGCUUGCUACAUCGGCCAUCACACUCGGUUGCCUCGGACUCUCCCAACUUUUCCUUUUCAGGUGUUGCAGCAUCACUGCCGCUGUCUAGCACACCAGGCCCGGACCGGUUGCUCCCCAACCCCACCGGACGUUCCUCUACCUUACCUUAUCCGGGCCCCCUCAAGCCGUCGAUACCCACUUCCACUCUCGCUGCGAGCACACUCGCCGACGUAGCUACGGCUGCCAGCUACGCGGGCGGUUUCGAGACGAACGGCCUCUCGUUCUCUUCUGCCACCAGCAGCAGCCUCUCGAGUCACCCAUCGUCCUCGUCCCGCUCCAACUCGGAUAGUUACUCCGGGCAGGAGAGCAUCUUCAACGAGCAGGAUCGCAGUCUUCAGAGCCAGGGUUCAGCGUUCGACAUGGGUGGUUACACGGCGUCCCCUCGGCGUAGCUCUGGGGUCGGUGGCUCGGGGAACAACCAGGCGCAGGCCUACGUCCCCAGCGAGAGCGCCCAUGGGGCCGCGGCCCAUCAUCAGGCCUCUCAGCACCACCUGUCCUCGACCUACGUGAGCGAUUCUUCCUCGAGUCCGAUUGCGCACCGCCAUGGCCAAGCUCUGGCGUCAGGGAGCGGCAGCACUGGUCACGCCACCCACACAGAUGACCGGCAGGUUGCUGUGGCCACCCGCCAUUGACAUUGGCUGGUGCUAUGCAGCGUGCCGGGCCCGAAGGUCGGCGGUCCUGUCGCCAGAAGCUCCGAGUUGGCCGACCCCUGAAUUGAACGGAC